GGCCAGGGCAGGCGGAGCGCCCGCGGGCGGCGGUCCUCGGCCUCCCGGGUCUGCGCUCCGGGAAGCUGCUCCGAGCCGGGGUGUUGUUGCUAAUGAGCUCUCUCUCCUCCCCUCUUACAAUGAAAGACAAGCCAGCCCCGGGGUACCUGGAUGGAUUGAGAGCCGAAGUGUCAGAAACUUCAUAAUAAGUUGCCGAUGGCUACCAGCCAAGGCUGGAGGGUUGUUUUGCAGUUGUGUUGAGCACAUCACACAUUCAGGGCCCUUUAAAGACCUGGAUUGAUUGGAAGGACAAAAAUUAAAAGCAAUCUGAUCCGGCCUCAUGCCAGAUCCCUGAGGAUUUGCUCCCUAUCCCAUUUCCAUCCACUGUCACAAUUUGAGAGCCUGCCUGAUUUGAUCAGAUUCACCUCUGGGAGAGGUGCAAUGCCAAGGUUAGGAGGACAUGAAGUUAUGGGCAACUUUUUGAUCUGCCCAUCAGCAGUCUGAGAAACGCUGGCUCUGAGUUUUCCAAGUCAGCCUUUGGGAAGAAACAAGUUCCUCGCUCUUUGCAACCCGGCCGUGUUCGAGUCCCUGGGACAUCCAGCCACCGUUGCCUGGUAGAUGUGGCACUUUCCAUGCUGAGGCCGAGAGUCCCGCCUGACCCCGUUGCUGCCUCUCCAGGGCCUCUCCGGGCCACGCCCCUGCGGACUGCGCAGCCAUGCUGCACCUGCUUGCACUUUUCCUGCACUGCCUCCCACUGGCCUCUGGGGACUACGACAUCUGCAAAUCCUGGGUGACCACGGAUGAGGGCCCCACCUGGGAGUUCUACGCCUGCCAGCCCAAAGUGAUGCGGCUGAAGGACUACGUCAAGGUGAAGGUGGAGCCCUCAGGCAUCACGUGCGGAGACCCCCCUGAGAGAUUCUGCUCCCACGAUUUAGCUGGAGAGACAAAAGGAGUGACAGUAGAGCAUAACAGGAGACAAUGCUGUCGACCAGGCAUGGAAUGGGAGGAGAACCCCUACCUGUGCAGCAACGAGUGUGACGCCUCCAACCCGGACCUGGCCCACCCGCCCCGGCUCAUGUUCGACAAGGAGGAUGAGGGCCUGGCCACGUACUGGCAGAGCGUCACGUGGAGCCGCUACCCGAGCCCGCUGGAAGCCAACAUCACCCUUUCGUGGAACAAGAGCGUGGAGCUGACGGACGACGUGGUGGUGACCUUCGAGUACGGCCGGCCCACGGUCAUGGUCCUGGAGAAGUCCCUGGACAACGGGCGCACGUGGCAGCCCUACCAGUUCUACGCGGAGGACUGCAUGGAGGCCUUCGGCAUGGUGGCGCGCCGCGCCCGCGACCUGUCGUCCUCGGGCGCCCACCGCGUGCUGUGCACCGAGGAGUACUCGCGCUGGGCGGGCUCCAAGAAGGAGAAGCACGUGCGCUUCGAGGUGCGGGACCGCCUGGCCAUCUUCGCUGGCCCCGACCUGCGCAACAUGGGCAACCUCUACACGCGGCUGGAGAGCGCCAAGGGCCUUAAGGAGUUCUUCACUCUCACGGACCUGCGCAUGCGGCUGCUGCGCCCUGCGCUGGGGGGCACCUACGUGCAGCGGGAGAACCUCUACAAGUACUUCUAUGCCAUCUCCAACAUCGAGGUCAUUGGCAGGUGCAAGUGCAACCUGCACGCUAACCUGUGCUCCGUGAGGGAGGGCAGUCUGCAGUGUGAGUGUGAGCACAACACCACGGGCCCCGACUGCAGCAAGUGCAAGAGGAACUUCCGCACCCGGUCCUGGCGCGCCGGCUCCUACCUGCCGCUGCCCCACGGCUCUCCCAACGCGUGUGCUGCUGCAGGCUCUGCUGUUGGCAGUGUCGGCAGGCCCCGGAAAGACCCCGUCCCCAAGGCCCCUUUGGCCACUGUGGCCAUGAGAGGGGUCCCCAGCACUCCUGCCCCCUCCACUUCCACUGGGCGGGCCCCCAUGGCCCCCAGCACCCCACAGCCCACAGAGUGGAUCAGGUCAUCUACCGCUGCCCCCCUUGGGGAGAGCUCCCCCUGGCCCCAGACGCCCUCCAGUGCAGAAGCUGUGGGCACCUCCGCCACUGCCCUUGCCCCUGCCCCGGCCUCCAAACCUUUCCAGCUCAAGCCCAAAUCGGCUCAAGUGGUGCCCAUUGAAGAGUUCCAAGGUAAGAGGAAGGCCCCGGGCCGGACCAGCCCCCCUCCAGCACCUCUACCCUCACCUCCGCUGGAAAGCAAUGAUGCAGGACGGAGGACCCACGCCUGGCUCAGAAAACCCUCCCGGAGUAGCUGGGUCAAGGUGAAACUGAGCCUCUCUUCCCUCAGUUCUUCCUCCCCAAGGGAGCUGGGAGCAGGUAUGAGUCAGAAGCACAGUGGGCAGGCCCGGGGUAGGCAGAGCAGCAACCAGAAAUAGCCUGUCCUGGCCCCCCUGGGAGGUGUGGCCCAGGGGGGCUCGUCUCGGUUGAAGCAAGAGCUGGGACACGGAGGUCACUGCCACUACUCCUUGAGACAUUUGGAUGCCUCACCUUCUCAUUGUUCCUGGAGGGACAGGUGAAGGGGGCAGGUCCAGGAGGCCCAAGGUGUGGCAUGCCCGCUGUCUCCUCCUGGGCACAGCUCCGAGGCUCGUUUCUCCAAGGUCUCUCAUGCCCUUGACCACCAAGGCCUCGUCAAUUCCUUCCUCUCCCAUCACAAAGGGAGGUUGGGUCCUCUAGAGAUACACAGAUGGCGUUUCGGGAGGGUGGCCAGCGUCCUUCCUGUUCAAGGGCAGCCACAUUGACUUUCCUGUUCAAGGAGAUGUUCAGCCCCUUAGGAGGGACACCAAGGGAUGGCCGCCUUCGUGGAGGCAGGGAGUGAAGCCCCAAUGCCUUCAGGAUGGCUUCCCUGGCCGUCAUGGGAC